AUGGAGUGGAGAUCGGGGCGGCGUCGUCGCCUCCGUUCCUCCUCCCCGACAGAUGAGGAUGGCAUCAGCGCCCUCCCCGACGACCUGCUCCUCCUCGUCCUCGCCCGCCUCCGCUGUACCCGCGAGGCCGCGCGCACCGGCGUCCUCUCCCGCAGGUGGCGCGGCCUCUGGACCCGCCUCCACGAGAUCGUCUUCCACGAUCUUCCGCUCCCCUCGCUCGAACCGGCGCUCGGCCGGGUCGACUCUCCCGCGGUCUCCCUCCUCGAAAUCCGCGUCCCCGACGCCGACGGCACCAAACCCCACGCCGAGGACCCUGGUUUCAACUCGCUGCUGCGCGCCGCCGCGCGGCUCGCGCCGGAGGAGUUCGUCUUCCGCACCACAUUGGGCUUGCCCGAUGACCGCUCAGUCGUCGUCGACCUGCCUUGCUUCCACCGCACCACCUCCAUCGUCAUGGACACCUAUCUCAUCACCCUCCGCGUGCCCGCCGGCGUCGAUUUCCCCGCGCUCCAGACGCUGUCUCUGUCGGGCAGGGUCCGGGUCUCCUAUCUCGACCCCUUGCUCUCCUGCUGCCCGCGCUUGCGCACGCUCCGGCUGCGCAGCAUUGUCGGCGUGGGCGGCCUGACGGUCAGCUCGCCGUCGCUGCAGGAGCUCAUCAUCGUCGGCCUGUACCAAAGGAAGCACCGUAUCGACAUCGUCGCCCCCAUGCUCAAGCAAUUGACCAUGUCCUUUCUCUCCUCGGGUGUCGCCAGCAUCUCCGUCUUGGCACCAAUGGCGGAGAAGGUCAUGUGGGACUGCGGGUACAGCAAGGCCCGUGUUGUGUUUGCGUUUGGUUUUUGGCGACUUGAUCAGGUGACGCUACGGACGGGGGAGGGACAAGCACGUCUCCCUUCACUGCAGAUUUGUGCCCACGCCGUACGUGCGUCUCUUCAAAGCUUCGACCAAACUAAAUAUGUGAAUGAUGUAUAUACAUCUGAUCCCGUGAAAUUGUUUUUCCAGACGUCGAGUGUUUUGGGGACGGAAGAGCAUACCUUUGCAGAGGAGAUAGAGAAGCACAUGAUUGCUAGGUUUUCUGUUCUGGAACUACAUCUCACAACGAAUGGACAUGCUUUUGGAGCGCUCGUGUUUCAUCUCCUAGGGAUGGCCCGAAUCUGUCGUUCUAUACGGAGGCUUAAGGUCAUCCUAGAGAGAUCAACGGUAAUUCUCUGA